AUGUUGGAGAGGGAAGCUGUAGGCAAGGGGAGAUGCGAGGAGGGUCGCCUGCCGGCGAGCGUGCGGGGCGGAGCUGCGAGGACGGCCGCCUACCGGCGAGCGCACGGGCCGGAGCUGCGUGGAGGGCCACCUGCCGGCGAGGGCGUGGACUGGAGCAUCGAGGACGGCCGCCUCGUGGGCGAGCGCGCGGCCUGGAUCGUUGAGAACGGCGGCCUGCCGCCGAGCGCGACGGGGGUGGAGCGCGCGGGCAGGAGCGUCGAGGACGGCGUCCCACGGCGGGGCGGAGCGUCGAGGAGGGCCUCCUGCAGGGGAGCACGACGGGGCGGAGCGUCGAGGAGGGCCUCCUGCAGGGGAGCGCGACGGGGGAGCGUGGAGGAGGGCCUCCUGCAGGGGAGCACGGCGGGGCGGAACGUCGAGGAGUCCUGCAGGGGAGCACGGCGGGGCGGAGCGUCGACGAGGGCCUCCCUGCAGGGGAGCGCGGCGGGGGAGCGUGGAGGACGGCGACCUGCCGGCGAGCGCAGCAGCCAUCUGCCGGCGACCGCGGCGGGGGAGCGUGGUGGAGGGAGGCUGGGAGGGAGACGGGAGGGAUGCGGGGAUGGAGACGGGGGCAGUUUCCGAGCCUUUCCGAGCUCCCAGGCUCGGAAAGUUUUCCAAUCUAUUUACACGUGA